GCGUGAGCCGGGGAAAGCUGCAGAGCUGCAUCAGAUAAUGCUGUUUACCCACAUGGCCUGGAGCUGCUGCUGAGGGAGGAACAGUCGAGUCCAGUCAGAAAGCCACAGAGAGGGGUGCUACAGGGAGGGAAACCAUGUCCUACCACCACCACAGGAACCCCAGCCAGAGCAGCCACCGCACCAUGAGCGCCGAGGAGAGGUGCUCCACGCCCGUCCACCACCACAAGACGUCCACGCCCACACACAAAAGCGCCUCGUCCUCCUCCUCGUGCCAGCGCGACACCCGUCAGGAGGCAGACAGCUGGGAAAUCAUUGAGGGACUGAGAAUCGGUCAGAGCAACGUCCAGAGGCCAGAUAAGCACGAGGGCUUCAUGCUGAAGAAGCGAAAAUGGCCGCUGAAAGGCUGGCACAAGCGUUUUUUUGUCCUGGACAAUGGGAUGCUGAAGUACUCCAAGUCGCCAAUUGAUAUUCAGAAAGCCAAACUGCAUGGCUGCAUUGAUGUGGGUCUGUCAGUCAUGUCCAUCAAGAAGAGGGCCCGCCGCAUUGACUUGGACACAGAGGAGCAUAUCUACCACCUCAAAGUCAAGUCUCCAGACAUCUUUGACUCCUGGGUGGUCAAGCUGCGCCACCACCGUCUCUACCGGCAGAACGAAAUUGUCCGCUCCCCCCGAGACGCCACCAUAAGGACGUUCCCUCCCCCUGCCACCACUGAGUCCCCCAUCCCACACCCCCACCCUCAGCCACCCAAACCCACCACCCUUCCAUCAUGGCAGUCCCCCCCGGUCCCUAGUAGCAGCAGCCUGCCGGCCUCCUACAGUAACGGACAGAGCAAAGUGGCCGCAUGGCUCCAGGAGUCGGAGGAGAUGGACAAGUGUACAGAGGAGCUCGCCCGCUGCCAGUCCAGCCUGGUUGAGCUGAGCAAGUUACUGCAGAGCCUGGAGAUCUUACAGAGGACCCAGUCGGCUCCUAAUUUCACUGACAUGCAGAGCAAUUGUGUAGACAUGUCAAAGAAAGACAAGCGCAUGAACAGAAGAUGGAGAACAAAAAGUGUCGGCAAAGAUGCAAAAUUGCAGCUUCAGGUCCCAUCUCUCCCUGUGAGUGCCAGCAUGUCUCCAGUCCGCCUCCACUCCUCAAACCCCAACCUGAGUGCUGAGCUGGUGGACAUCCAGACCCCUGCCUCUCGCCUGGCUCCUGACAACAUAGAGUGUGGAGGCGACUACAUCAAACUACAGGAGGACUUCUGCCUCAUCGCUCAGAAAGUCCACUCUCUGCUAAAGUCUGCGUUCAACACAGUGGCUAUAGAGAAGGAGAAGAUCAAAACUGUUUUAUCAGACCAGGAUCAGUCAUCAGGGCAGUCUGUCCAGCUCAUCACCCUCAGGAAGUCUCUGUCACAGGCCCUGUCCCAAAACGCCGAGCUUAAAACCCGACUGGGCCGCAUCCACUCUGAGUCGGUCCUGUCUGAACAAAAAGUCAGUGUGAACAUCAUUCCCAGUUCUGACGAGGCUGGUGAGCAGAUGGGAAUCCCUCUGACACAACAGACGUCCAAUGAGAGCAGGCUGUCCAUGUCAGAGUCUGUGUCCGAGUUCUUCGACGCCCAGGAAGUGCUUCUGUCUGCCAGCUCGUCGGAAAACGAGGCCUCAGACGAUGAGUCAUACGUCAGCGAUGUGAGCGAUAACAUUUCAGAGGACAAUGCCAGCGUGACCGAUAACGUCUCCAGACAAAUGCUGAACGGAGACCUGGCUGGAAGUUCCUUCCGUAACGGGCGGCGCCCGUCCCUCCCCGCCCCUUCGCCGGACUGCAGCAACAUCAACCUGUGGAACAUCCUGAGGAACAACAUAGGGAAGGACCUGUCCAAGGUGUCCAUGCCCGUGGAACUCAACGAGCCCCUCAACACCCUGCAGCACAUGUGUGAGGAGCUGGAGUACACUGAACUAUUGGACAGAGCUGCUGAUACGGAGGACCCCUACGAACGCAUGGCCAUUAUGGCAGCGUUCGUCAUCUCAGGAUACUCCUCCACGUACUACAGAGCGGGAAGCAAGCCAUUCAACCCUUUACUGGGAGAGACGUAUGAAUGUAUCCGUGAGGACAAGGGCAUGUGUUUUAUCGCUGAGCAGGUGAGCCACCAUCCACCAAUCUCAGCUUGUCACGCUGAUUCCAACAAGUUCACCUUCUGGCAAGAUGUCAGAUGGAAAAACAAAUUCUGGGGGAAAUCCAUGGAAAUCCUACCCAUUGGCACAGUCAAUGUUAUGCUUCCAAGCUUUGGUGAUCACUAUGAAUGGAACAAAGUCACCACCUGCGUGCACAACAUCCUAAGCGGCAGAAGGUGGAUCGAACACUACGGGGAGAUCACCAUUAGGAACACCAAAAGCAGUGCCUGUAUCUGCAAACUCACUUUCGUCAAGGGAAAUUACUGGAGUUCUAAUGUCAAUGAGGUUCAAGGGAUCGUGAUGGACCAAGAGGGGAAGGUAGUGCAUCGGCUGUUCGGAAAAUGGCAUGAGGGCCUUUACUGUGGAGUCCCGCCCUCUGCCAAAUGCAUCUGGAGGACAGGCGCCAUGCCCACCGAUUACGAGCUGUAUUAUGGCUUCACCAGGUUUGCCAUUGAGCUCAAUGAGCUUUGCCCGGAGAUGCAAGAUCUGCUACCACCCACAGAUGCCCGCUUCAGACCCGAUCAAAGACAUCUGGAGGAGGGCAAUGUGGAAAUGGCUGCCUCAGAGAAGCAGCGUAUCGAAGACCUGCAACGCACCAGAAGGAAGUGGCAAGAGGAGAAUGACAUAAAGCACGAGCCACGCUUCUUCAAGAAAGUGGUUGAUGCCAAUCAUAGGGAGCGCUGGGUCACUAACAACACCUACUGGGAGCUUCGCAAAUCCCCCGGCUUCAUCAACAUGGAAAACCCUAAUCUAUGGUAGCAUAUGGAUCGCUAUACAGACCAUAUCAUCACCGCUGACAGAGGCUUUUUCCUAUGCACAAUACGGUUUUCAAAUGAACGUCUCCUUGACAAGAUGACAGUGUGGAAGGAUACAAAAGACUUCAGAGCUGAGAGAUGAGUUGGACCAACCGUCACCCUGUUUGGCACUGCAGCCAACCAGUCACCCAUCCAAGUAUUCUCUUGGAUCCCCCUCAUUGAGCUUGCUGCAGAGGCUGGGUUGUCAGGGCAACAAUCUUACCACGUAGAUCUAUCCUAAGCUGUUUUGACUUCAGAGGAUGUCCUUGCCUUAAAAAGUCACCUAUCCACACCACACAUUUUAAAGCUUUUAGUGAAACCCACUUGAGUUCUGAAAGCAGUUUGAUUUAGACUAGUGUUUGGAUUAGGCUUUUGAUUACCUAUUACUGUAUGUAUCAUGCAUGCUUAGAGUGCAGCUUUCAUUGGCAUAUGCUAUAUAGACUAUAACAAAAAUAAAAUUGAAAGAAGUCUGAUAUUUUUGCAAAAUAUCGUCAACUCAAAGAAUUUAGUGAAAAUGUAACUAUUAUACAAUAUUGGUAAGAUUGCUCUUAUUUUUGGAUCAGCCUUUUGUAUUAGUUGAAUCUGUAUCAUAGCUGUAUUCUCUCUUGGGACACAUUUUUGUUUUUGCAGUUAAUUUGUUUUUGUCACUGGUAUUGAUGGACGUUGCUGUAUACUGAGAGAUUUCCUCAGCAACUCCAAAAGACAAACCCCUUGAGCGGAGACUUUUAGUUCCAGUUUGCCUGGAAGAGGACCAUCAUUACAAGACUGGCCCAACUGCUGAUGCGUAAGGACUGACCUGAGAAACAAGUUCCUUUUUGACCCUUCAUGUCACUCACCACAACUGUUAUUGCAAACCACAUGUAUAGACAUUACUUCUUUCCCUUAUACAGCUCACAUUCAAACUAGUUUUAAUAGUUUAAGGUAAAAUAAAAGUUUUUAAAAGUAA